AUGCAUACUCAUGGUCCCACCAAGUCAGAGGGUAAUCUGACCCCUCCCCCCGGGUUUGAGGGGGCCAACCAGGGGCUUCCCUGGUGCUUCCUCGGGCAGCUAGCCCGGGCUCUAGUCCCCGGAGUGAAAGGGGACCCCUGGCCCAGGGUAAUGCGCCCCCCUCCCAGGGUACCGGGACCUCAGCCCAAGGAUAUGGGCCCCCCGGCAGCAUGGGUCAGAGCUGCCUCCCCGCCCACGAGAAUGGGCACCCCCAUGGCAGCCAGGGUCAAGGCUGCCCCCCGGCCCAGGAGUACAGACCAAGGAACACAGACCUUCACAACGCCCCCUACCUCCACCCCAAACCCCUCCUCCACACCCUCCAUACCCAUACCCGCGACCAGCAAUCCUCCCCUCCCAAUACCCUCCCCUCUCUCCCUGCCCGCGGCCAGCCAGCUCCCUCGCGCCCUUGCUGACUCGCCGGCCGCCAACUCUGCUGAGCCAUCGACGUGCCCCUCGCCCGGCGCUCCUAGCCAGCAGACCCCCGCCCCUACAGACUCCCCCGCCUCCCCAAAGUCAACUAAGAGCCCUCCUGCCGUGAGACCCAAAACCAACACGCCAAAGAAGACCAAGGUGGAAGCUUCUACACAAGUAACACCUAAACGGAGCUUUAGAAAAAGACAAAACAACAGGAGUAACAAUCAAAGAGAACAUCUCGACCCCAACCGCCACUGGGAGGAAACAGCUCAGCAGCAGGUGCAAGGGCUACCGCCCAACCCGCUGCCCCCCCUCCUCCAGCAGCACCACCAGUCAUCAUUAACAACUAUGCCGAACGAGCAAAAUCCACACAAAUUGAUGAAGACGGUUACACCAAGUUGUCACCCAGACACAAACGAAGAGGAUAUAGAAGAACAUCUAUCCGAAAAGUUUGAAAACAUAAGUGUCAAGGCCCAUAAGACAGUGAUGACACAUGAUUACUACACCAGCUUUACGGUGUCAGUAAGAGGAAAGAACAUCAAACCUGAACUAUUUUUAGACUCUGAUACUUUUCCUGACAAUGUUAAAGUGUUCCUAAACAAAAACAAGUACAAGCGCGAUCAGAAUGUUUGA